AUGUUAUACCCCUUCGGUCUGCUAUGCGUCGUCGCGCAGUUCUUCCGGCUCUCCUAUGAGAUGACGGUAUACAAUCCCGGGUCCACCGAACAACGCACUGGGAUGUCGGGAUGCGACGCGCCCGAAGCGACUUUGGGGAAUAUCGGAUGCGUCAGCGCGCUGAACGCGUACAACAACGUCCGGCUGCAACCUCCUCCACUUCCGAACCCGAUGCCGGCGACGUCGUUUGCUCUCACACUCCCAAAUCAGGGGCAACAUAUGUCCGGGCUGUCAAUACCGCAGAGGGGCGAUUUCUAUGGUUUCUCGAUCGAGAUGUUGGUAGUGGAACAAGUUGUCCCUUUCCUCAACUUCCUAGCCACGCUCGCAGAUCGAGCGAACAACGUGCGCAUUCGCAUCGGAGGGGACAUCCAAGAGCUGGCGUCGCUGGUGGACGGUUUACCGCAUAACGCGAUGAUAGCCAACGUGAACAGUGCUAUCAAUGGCUUCAGUAACAUGUCCCUACUUCCUCCAAACCGUCGGGUUGCAGGGUCAGACGCCGGCGCUAGACUAUAUACCAGCGGGCUACUGUACCUGCUCGCGAACGUGUCGUCCCUGGUCAACGUGAAGUGGUUCCUCGGCAUUCCAAUGAACGCCACAGCGCACUUCAGGCUGCAGAUCGCGGGUCUGGCAGACGCUGUGGGGUACCAGCGUCGGCCUCAGAACUGCACUGUCCAAGACUACUUUGACGAGUUCGGGGUAAUGGUCAAUGGGAUACACGACGACAAGCAGAUCAAGAACGCCAACAGACUCGUAGCUCCCAGCCUAUCAGGCACCUGGAAGGCCGAAGACCUUUGGGAAAGUGGCUACCUCGAUGCAUACUCCACCUCGAUUGGCGUUAUAGGCAUGGAACACUAUCCAGACCAGAACUGCGCGGCCGAAUUCCCUGACGGUGGCUUCGGGCCCGUCAAGGAUCCCCAGGCGGUCUUCCCAAACUAUCUGACCCAUGCCUCCGGUCAGCAGAUGGUGCAGCUGUACCUCAAUACUGCUGGCACCGCUCAACAACUUGGAAAGGAGUUCAUGAUGUUCGAGACGAACACCGCCUCCUGUGGUGGGUUCCCAGGCGUCAGCGACAGCUUCGCGUCUGGGCUGUGGGCUGUGGACUACGGCCUGCAGAUGGCGUUCAGCAACUUCACUGGUACGCUGUUGCACGUUGGUGGUCAGAACGUCUCCUAUAAUAGUUGGACGGUCGGCCCGGUGAUGUACGCCACACUCUUCGUGGCGGAAGCCCUUGGGACCAGCAACACGUCUCGAGUAGUAGACCUCCAUGCCAACCAUGGAAACGAAACGAUGCAUGCGCUCGCACGGAUAGCUCCAGUCAACUUCAUGAACGAGCAGGACGGUGCCGGCAGCUACAACGUGACGAUCUCUGUCGGCGGGGACACUGUAGCUGAAGCAGACGCUACGCCUCCGCAGGUACAAGUCAAAUUUCUGCUCGCACCAACCGUCAGCGAGAAGGAUCAGAUAACAUGGGCGAAUCAGACGUUCGGAGGCCGUUUUGCCGCUGACGGUCGUCUAUCUGGUACCGAGGUGAUCCAAACCGUCAGUUGCGACCAGGCUGCGAAUAGCUGUGUCAUAAUCGUCCCCGCCCCCGGGGCGGCCUUGGUCUUCCUCUCGAGCGGUGCACAAGCUUCGGAAAACCCCAAGGUGACCCACACGUAUUCGACCACUGCGGUCACUAACCCCGCGGCAACUGUGACGGGAGGUGCGAACGGCACGAAGCGUACCCUCGAUUCUCUAUCUACCAACUGGCUCUCGGUCCUGCUCGGUAUCGUGCUCUACCUUUGGUAG